AUGGCAUCAGAACAAAAAGCUAGUCUUCAAUGUUUGAGCUUAAAUCUGCUUACAGAAAUUUCUGAAUAUCUUCUACCCCUUGAUAUAGUCUCUCUCCUUGGAGUCUGCAAACGCCUCCACUCUUUUUGGACCUCCAAACUCGCCUAUAAAACAAUCCUAAACCCACCCUAUUUCAAUCUAACUGUUAGAGAAUCAUGGCUUCUUUUGCAAAUCAAAUAUUUAUCUGAGCGUAAAAAUUAUCCUGAAAUUCAAAGAAUUGGUUCCUUGAAAAUGAUUUAUGUUCUCGAUAUAUCUUAUAGCCCUUUGGUUUUGACCUUAUUUUUAGAUAAAAAUUUAUCAAAAUGAAAACCAUAUAAAAACAAUAGAUACAAAAUUAUCAAAAAUCUUGAAACGAAUUUCUCUUACUUACUUAAUUAUCUGGUGGUUAAGGUGUCUAGUGCCACAGCCCAAAAUGGACCUAUGGCAAAACUAGUGACGUAGGCGAGCCAUCUUGGAACAGGUCAGCCCUGGCCAAGCCUUCUAUCAACUCCUGCUUCACCAGCCUUGCUGCACGUCUCACCCGGCGCGAUGCCGUCGCCCUUGUCUCGACUCAGCUCCUGCGCGUGUUCCGCCUAAGGGUCAUCUUCCCGUGGAGAUGUGCUGAGAGGUAAAAGCCCGAAAUCUUGAGAGGACUGAGGAGCAGUUCCUCUGGUUAUCCCCAGAGUUAAACCACUAUUGCUGUCCAGAAGUUCUCGAGUGAAAACCUAACCCCAUAAAUAAAAUUCCAUGAGGGAGAGAAAAUUAGCAGAGCUAAUUUCUCUCGAACCGAAUGCCAUUUUAUUUAUGAAACGAAUUUCUCAGUUCAUUCUCUGGCUUAUCACAAUGGCCAUUUAUGCAUUCUAUAUACCAUAUACAUAAAAUGGCGGACGGCGACCGACCCACCCUCUCAGUGGUGGUUACCCAUGUAUAUCCGGGCAUGGUUUUUGGAGCCAAGAGUUAGCCCAACAACGUCUGGGACCUCGAAGCGAGAGGCCUAAGCGCAAAAGCCGCUGUUUUUGUGACUCCUUUUUGCCAGCAGCGCUCAGCCCAGUGAGUGCCCGAAAUGAGGCAGGGCGACUUACCUGCCUAAGCUGCUUUUGUGGCUCGCCCCAAAUGGCGAAAGCUGUUGAGUUCUUUCUCGGGAUGACUGGAAAAGAGGGGAAGGCGAGUUAGACAACUAAAUGGGGAUCUCUCCAGUUUAAAAGGUGCCCUUCAAUGGGCAGAUCUGGCGGACGACGCAGCGGAGUUGGCGUAAACUUAGGCGACGAUCCAAGUUGGAAAUGGAGGCGGUCAGCAAAGCCGGUAUAAGACGGCCCUUGACAUUGCCUCUACCGAGAAACCGGGGUUUCGGCCCGGGCUUGGUGAACGCUCUGCCACCAUGCGGGAAACCGUAGCAUGCUUCCUCGGACGUAGUGGGGACCUUAAAUACCUAGCGUUAAUCUAAUCUAAUCUAAUUUAUGCAUUCUAUAUACCAAUAAUAUGCUGAGAUGUUUAUUAAAUAGUGAAAUAUUGCUUAAUAUUGAGAAUUUUGAAAUAAAUUAUUUAAAUGUGCUGAAAAUGUUUUAUUUGAAUAAUGCUGAGUAUUUAGUAUUAUUUCUCAAUUCAGGAUGAGUCGUUUUUAUGAAUAAUCAAUGCGAAAUUAUUUCAAAUCGAAAAAUAGGUACUAUUUCUGAAUAUAAAGUAAUAAAAAAUGAUAUCUUUAUUGCGUGUGUAUAUAAUGAAGUCAUUGCUAUAUCCCCAAAUAAAGUCCAAAAACUUUGUGUCUUCAAAGAUAUAGUUAGCCCAAAUAUUUUUAUAAAUAAAGAAAGUCAAAAAAUAAUAAUAGGAAUUUCGAAAAAUGUAGAGACUCAAUUUCAGCAUAAAUCAAUUCAAAUUGCAAAAAAAGGAAAAUAUUAUGCAGAUAUUGAGAGGCGUUUGUUUUUCCAAAAGAUUAACAAUAGAAGUUGUGUCUCAGUCGUUGAUGAAAAAACUAAUAAAAAAUAUCGAUUUAAAGCUGCUAGGGAAGUUGCUAGCAUAUUUGGCGACAAAAGAAUGAUACUUGUAGCAGUAAACCACUGAGAGAAUAGGCAAACAAGUCUUUUAUUUUAUUUAUGAGAAGAUGGAUCGCCAAUUUUUACAAAAGAUUUUGAUAAGAAUAUAAAUGUUUUAGGAUUUGAGUUUCCUUAUGUCAUUUAUUCGUAUACUUCUGAUAUAAUGAUUGAGGAAAUUCAUGUUAUGAAGUUGUAG